UGGCAUCUAAUAGUCCCUUUUAAAAAACGCAAGCAAAUUUCAAAACAGCGGGACAACCCGAUGGCCUUCUGGCCGCCAAACACGUGGUAGUUGUUCGAGAGAUGGUAGUUUAUAUAUCAACAGGAAAAUAUGGUGCACAAUCGUAAUCGGGAGGCACUGUAUGCAUCGUAUUAUCUCUGCCGGUGGUGUUCAAGGCGAGACUGGUCAUCACCUCCUGAUUCUCGAGUUGAUGCUUCCAGGCGUGUCCUUUACUCCUCAGUCUUCCUUGGUAGUCCUGGUGAUGCCAGCAAUACGAGUAUCGGUAGUGGUGAAGGUACAGGAGAGGAGGACGACGAUUCUAAUGGCAAAAAAAACCAAAAAAAACGUGGUAUAUUUCCUAAGGUGGCAACAAAUAUUCUAAGAGCCUGGUUGUUUCAGCAUCUAACGCACCCAUACCCAUCGGAAGACCAGAAAAAACAAUUAGCUCAAGAUACAGGACUGACGAUAUUGCAAGUAAAUAAUUGGUUCAUCAAUGCACGGCGAAGAAUUGUACAACCAAUGAUAGAUCAAUCAAAUCGAGCAGUUUAUUCUCCGAUUUCAGUAUACACCCACCCAGGACCGUCAGCCGGCUAUCCGGAUGCAAUGAGCUACAUGAUGGACGGUCAAGCUCAGAUGAUGCACCGAGCGCCAGGUGAUCCAACUUUCCAUCAAGGCUACCAUUAUCCAGCCGCGGAGUAUUACCCUCACCAUUUGUAAUGAACGCAAUGUUUUGAGCCAUUAGUUUAGUUAAUUGUGUCAUGAAAUACCUUUCUAACACAUCACACAUAUUACAAGUGGAGGUAUCGAGCAGCAACCUGUUCCCGGUGAACAUAAUUACUUUAUGUAAACAAUCGAAAACAAUGUGGCCAUCUAGAGGAACCAAAAAGUGAAGAAACUGUUAUGAAAAAAGACGAACGUUCGAGAGUAAAGUCAAAUAACAUUUACAAGCAAAGAAAAAAGGAAAACGCUUCAACAAAGGCAGUUGGGUCACGGAUGAAUCAUUGCAUACAAAAACAACAACUCAUGACUCUUCUGAGACAUCAUGAACACACCACAACAUGGUUCGUUCUUCGUCUCCUGAUAGUGAAUAGUGAAUUUGCAGACAGUUAUUAAAAAUGCCAUCCUACUUUGAAAGCAUCUUUCUCAACAUCAUAUAUUUACCAAACACUUACUAUAGUUUCUUAGAGAAUAUUUAUUUGUUAUAUAUGAGUAUAUUUCCUUCAAGGCAUGGCUUUCCACAGUCUACUACAGCAGAUUAAUUAAAUGUGGAAAAUAGGAAGCAGAAAACUGAACAGGAUGAUAUGUAAAUCAGCACAGCUUAUUUUAUGAAACACUCAGAAUUAUAAGAAACUGAAACGGUUAAUUCUUAAGAGAGAGUCGUUACUAAAGACAUAGCCAUUGUCUGGCAGUAGGGAAGUAAGCCGGUUGUCUGAUAAGACGUCUUAUGUUGGACCCCAUCCUGAAUAUAGUUAGGUGGAGACACUGAACGGAGCCAAUUGAACAUGUCAAAUGCCAGAGCCAAUCGAACAUUACGACACAUAACAUGUCUUAGGAUGUACAUGGAAAAGUUAUUGUGAUGGUGAUAAUUUUUUUACUCUUUCCUUGUGUUAUCGAGCGUAGAAAAACAAAAAUAAACAUUUUUUUUUUCUGUAACACCAA